AUGUCGUCAACAACAGACUACUCCAAGCUCAAGGUCACCGAGCUCCGCGAGGCCCUCCAGAAGCGGAACCUCCCCACCGUCGGCGUCAAAUCCGAGCUCGUCGCGCGCCUGGUUGCCGCAGACGCAUCAGCGGACGCUCCCUCGCCCGCCGCAAACAAGAGCCAUCUCCCCACCGCCGACGACUACGACGUCGACUGGGACGACAACGACGACCCCGCGCCCGCCGCCGCCGCUGCGACCCCCAACACCACCACCACCACCACCGCUGCCACCACCACCACCACCAUAGCCGCCCCCGCGACUGCCACCGCGACAGCACCCAAACCAGAGCCCACACCCGCCGCUGCAGCACCCGCUCCAGCGGACCCCGCAAAGCCAAAGAAGAAGUUUGCCUCCAUCGCGGCGCUCUUUGACACGGCGACGCCCACCACUGCUGCCGCCCCGGCAAAGAGCAAAGACGCCACUGGCACGCAAAACUCGCAGUCGCCGUCCUCGCCAUCGACCGUCACCGACGAGGCUGCGACCAGCACGACUGCCGCCGCCGCCGCGACAACCAGCGCGCCAAAGGCCGAGGAGCCCUCGUUUGCCGCCGGCCUCUCCGCAUCGACCCUCGAUGUAGAACUCGAGCGGCGCAAGGCCCGCGCCAAGCGCUUCGGCAUCGACGACGAUGCGGCCGUCACCGAGGCGACAAAGAAGCUCGAGCGCGAGAAGCGCUUUGGGAAUGCCGGCGCUGAGGACGCGCCGGAGAAGAAGAAGGAGGUUGUCAAGGGCCUCGACUCGGCGCUCCCCGACCGCCGGGACAGGAAGCGUGGCGCGCCGCCAGCCCAGGACACCAGGGGCGGGAAGAGGACCAGGGGCGGCAACAAUGGCGCCGGACGUGUCGAGCAGAGGGGCGGUCAGCCGAGGAGGGCGCAGGCGCCCGCCGCCGGUGUCCAGAAGAAGGGCGGCUACAAGGCUAUUCUGGACGACCCGGCGGAGAAGGCGAAGGCGGAGGCUAGGGCGAGGAAGUUUGGGGUUGCCUAG